GGCCCAAGCCCACCACCCGUUGAACCCAACUCCUGUAUUCCCCGCGAGACCACGCGGCCAGCAGGAAACCAGUAGAGGCAAAACCCGAACGGGGGGCAGCGCAGACGCACACGCGUGGUUUGGGUGAGUAGUUAGUGCCAUCGAACAUCAUGCCGUGUCAUAUCGUGUCCCCCCCCCCCCCCCGGUCCCGACACGUCCCUUUGACCUGGCCUGCCUACGCAUCGUGCUCUCCGCGCGUGUUUACCACGGCAACCUUCUUGUUUGGCCGGAGGCGUGGGCGUGACGGUCGUCGUCCUUCCUCGCGCACCAUCGUCGGGGCUUUCCCAGGACACACGCACACGCACGCGCACGCGCAGGCCGGGGGAGAGGAGGUCAGGCCCGUUUGGAGGCUGCAAUAGCAUGUAUGCUAUGCAACAGGUCUGGCAUGUGUAACGCCUGUAAAAUAGGUAGGGUGUCGUAGAGGGGAUGUGGCUGUCGGGUAGUUCUAGAAAGGGGAGGGGAGGGAGCGAGGAGGAGGGGAGGGCAAGUCGCGGAGGAUCAGUCGAAACCAUCCUGGCCGUCCCGUCUCGGAUGUUUCUGUCGUUCAUUCCCUCACAUAACUUGCCUUACACGAUGCUAUUAUUGCUGUUCCUGUCAUUUUCAUUACCUAUCCCUCUGUCUCUCUCUCCUCCCCUUCCGUCUCCCCGCUACCAUCCCCCCCUUUUACCACGUCUCCCAUCAACCUCUAGCCCCUUCGUCCCCUCCGUCUCUGUAUCCCUCGCCGUCCCUCCCCGCCGGCCGGCCGUGUACAGGCAAGUAUGUGUGGAUGCGUACGUGUUGUGUACGGAUGGGUGUGCGUAUGUAGAUGCGUGUGGUGCGCUGUGCGCUAUGGGCUGCGCAUACAUAACGCAAGCGCGCUUGACAGGUUGGAACCGAGCAAACACGACCGCGAGGGAUGCACACCAACACAUUGGGAAGAUCGGGGGGGGGGGGGGAGAAGGAAGAAAGAGAGAGAGGGAGAGAGAGGGUGUGGGAGGGCAGGGAAGCUCGCCACACGAGUCUGAGGCCAACCCGCUGCAGGGUGAGGUGGCGUUUUGGAUUGCCGUCGAGGACAGGAACCUCGGAUAUGCAUAUUACAUAUCGCAGAUGGCUGUCGCAGACGGCCGGCAUUUCGCGAUACAUACAUACAUAUUAUAUGGCCAGACGUUAGACAGCCAAAUGCUUACCAUGGGCUGGUUGUGCUUAUAAGAGUCGGCUUUUUACACCACAACAAAAUCCGGGGCGAGGUGGUGGUGGCGGUGGGCGUUCGGAGGAAGACAAGACAAGAGGGACAGGGGUCUGACGAGCAAGGGCCGGUAGGCAUAUGUACAAUUUGCAAAUCGAAGUACCAGAUGUAUGCACGCAGGUUAUAUACCCACCUUAAGUCUGUUCAUAUAGUAGUAGGGGGGGCUAUGGUGCGUAAGUGUGUGUGUGUGCAUGUGUAUAUGUGUUGUUGUAAGUGCCUGUGUUUACAUACUCAAAUACGUCUCCGUCUCUGUCAAAUGGUGUCUCUGUCUAAGCCGGUGGGUGUGGCACUCCU